UUUAUCUAUAAAGAUCUGUGUGAGUCUAUAUAUUUGGGAUGGGGUCAUAAAUAUGUAUCACGUAAUAUGUCAUGGAAACAUAUGACCGCUAUAGCAGACGAAUAUCAACAUAAAACAGAAGAUUUUAUUGAAACCAUCGAUCCCAGUGUAGAAAUGGAAGAGGCUUAUCAAUUGAGUUUAUUAAAGAAAGAAUUAAAAUUUAAACAAAUAGAUGAUUAUGAGGAACAUGAAGCCAUAGAAUCAACAGAUGAUGAUAAAGAAGAUGAGGAUGAUGAUGACGAAGAUGAAGAGGAAGAAUAGUUAAAGCUAAUUUUUACAUA